AUGAUGGAAUAUGUUUUCGUUGACGACUUGCAUAGAUAUAAACGUUUAAAAGUCACACGUGCGUGCGAGUCAUGCCGAAGAAGAAAAGUUAAAUGUGACGGUGGAUCUGGUGGUUCUCAAACUCCUUGUUCAAGUUGUAGAAAAUUAAAAAUCGAUUGUAUCUUUUCAAAUAUGGCCAUGAAAAGAGCUGCUCCAAAAUCUGAACAAGAACAAAUGGAUGAAAGAUUACAACGAUCUGAAACAUACACUGGUAGAGCAAAUUAUAUUCUUUCCUUGGAAGGAAUGGUACUCAAAAAAAAUGGGAUUUAUACCGAACCACCAUUACCAUGCGAUAAUUAUUCGGAAAGUGGUUAUCCUACACCUGAAAUAAUUCAAAAUUUGAUUGGUCUCUAUUUUGCCAACGUUCAUCCAUACGUUCCAAUAUUGAACAAGAAUGAUUUUAUACGACGCCUUAAUGAUAAGAAUAAUCCAAUUUCUCCUUUAUUAUUCUAUUCCGUACUUGCUAUUGGUGCAAGAUUUUCUGAUGACCCCGUGGUUCGUCUUGAUCCUUUGAAACCUGAAACUGCUGAUUUAUUAGAUGAUUUCUUUGAUGCUCCUAGAUUAUCUACAAUACAAGCACAAAUUUUAUUGUUAAAAUUUCAAGAAGGUAUGCGUCGACCUGGAUUCUUCUUUAGAAGCUGGUUAUAUUUUGGUACAAUUCUUCGCAUGGCACAAGAUUUAGAUCUAGAAAAAAACCUUGAAAAGUGGAAUUUAGAAAUCAGUAGAGAAGACAUGAUUGUUAGAAAACGUGUAUGGCAAACUUGCUUCAUUUACGAUCAAUUAAUGGGCGGUCGAGAUACUGCCAUAUUCUUAUCAAAUACAGAUAUCGAUCUUCCUUUAAAAAGUGAUUUCGAUGACGAACAAGAAUUACAAAUUCAUACAGAAUUUGUUCAUUUCGUCCGCCUUAUUAAAAUUUUAUCAAGUGUGUUGUCGACAAUCGCUUCAGCAGGUUCUGGCAAUUCGUUACAAGCUUGGUCUUCAAAUCCAAAAUUUCAAACUUUAGAUACUGCAUUAGAUGCUUGGUUACAAGCUCUUCCACCUGGACUUAGAUAUCAACAAUUAGUAGAAAAUAAUAAUGGUGUUGCACCUCAAACUUCUCAUUUUGCUUGUUUCAUUAACAUUUUAUAUCAUACUGUAAUCAUUUUACUUCAUCGUCCUUAUAUAUCAAAUAUGGAAAAUGGAAAAAUAACUCAUACAAACCCAAAUCAUUUAAAUAUUUGUACCGUAGCUGCAAAUACUAUAUCUUCAAUCGUUAGAAUGGCUCAUGAUCGAUGGGGUCCCCUUGUAUUUCAAUAUCCUAUCCGCGGAGGAAAUUAUGGUGUAUAUUGUAUGGUUGCUGCUUCUAUGAUUCAUCUUGUCAAUAUGUCAUCACCUGAUUUAAGAUUUUCUAAACCUGCUCAUGAUCAUUUAUUAAGUACUUUGAGUGUUCUCAAAGUUUGUGUUGAUCAUAGUUCUGCUUGGGAAUUAAGAGAUAAAGUUCAUGCUUUAGAAGCAGCUUUCACUGCUCAAAUGGCACGUCAAUCACAUGGUUUAUUAUUUCACCCUGGAUCACAUCCGGGUUCACCAGUUAAUGGUCACAUGAAUAGACAAAGACUUAACGUACCCAUAAAGAGAGCAACAAAUCCAAAUACUCAAGGAAUGAUGAUGACAGAUUCUGGACAACAUUAUCUUCCAAAUAAUCUUUCAAAUAAUCUUCAAGAUAAUUUUUCACAAUUUCCACAAUCUUCUUCUCCUCCUCGUUUUAAUGAACGACCAUUAUAUUUAUUAGCUGAAGGAUCUGAUCAACAUUUCUUUACUCCUGAACAAAAUCAACCUUUUGAAUUUCUUCCUUCACAUAAUUCUGUGGAUGGUGGAUCAUUAAUUUCUUCAUCCAUAAAUUCAUCUAUCAAUCCUUCAAUUGAUCCAUCAAUUGAUCAAUCCAUUAAUCAUCAAUCCAUUAAUCAUCAAUCCAUUAAUCAUCAAUCAAUUAAUCAUCAAUCCAUUAAUCAUCAAUCAAUUAAUCAUCAAACCAUCAAUCAUCAAUCUAUUAACCCGUCCAUUAAUCAAACCAUCAAUCCAAUAGGUCUUUCUACACCAAUUACGCUGCCAACAUCACAUCAAUUUAAUCCUUUAUUACCAUUGAAUGGCACAAAACAACUUGAGAUUAGUUGUAUUGAUUCAAAUAAUACAUUCUGGGAUGCAAAUUCAUUAUACAUAUGGCCGAAUACAACAGCUUCUCAACAAAUGUGGACAAAUAAUGGAGGAAGUCCAUUAAGCAUAAGUACACCAGCAUCAACAACAUCAGCAUCUGGUCAUCAAUCACCAGAACAUGAUUCACCUUAUUCACAUAGUGGAGUAGGAUCUCCUGCAGGAUCAGUAGUUGAUCCAGUGAUUGUUGCGUCUCAAACUCAUGAUAUGAUGAUGUCAACAGAAAAUGUUUCAUGGUUUCAAACAGCCUAA